AUGAUGGAGAAUAAGCAUCUCUUUGACGCUCGAGAUGAUGAAGGCUUGCAUAAUAACAGAUGCCAUGUUGCAGAGAUGAUUGCAUAUCUGAGGACCCCACUAAUUGAGUUCCAACGCCGAAGCACGAAGACAACAUUAGUAUUCGAUGAACAAGGCGAGUUGGAAAUUGCCAGUGUUGUUGAUCAGGAUGUCUGA